AUGACUGUAGUGUAUAUGCUCACUGUCAUAACAGCCAUGGUUCUCAUUACUGCAAGUGUUGGCAUGGUUACGGCAGUGAUGGGAAGCUAUGUACAGCAAUAUCAUGUGGAGACCCCGGUAUUCCUCAGUACUGCAGUCGUAUUGGCUGGAACUUCACCUUUUCCCGAUCACUGCAGUAUGCGUGUAAACGAGGAUUCCUGAUGACUUCUGGAUCAGCACACUUGUCAUGUCAGGCUGAUGGCCAGUGGAAUGGCUCUUUACCAACGUGUCGUCCGGUACUGUGUCCAGAACUGAGAACACCAGCUUGGUCAAAACGUAACAGCUCCAACUUUACCUAUUCCAGUGUGGUGCUGUUUGAAUGUGCCAGUGGCUUUGAGCUUGUUGGUUCAGCUGAGCUUGACUGCCUGUGGACUGGAGAAUGGAGUAACUCUCCACCAAAAUGUCAGGCAGUGAAAUGUGGCAGUGUUAGUAUCGCGAAUGCUGGUGUAGUUAUGGUGAAUGAUUCGUUCUCUGGCCAUGCGGUGCUGAAAUGCAACAGUGGAUAUUCAAGUGGUGGAGAAAAUAUCACUUUACAGUGCCUUGCAGAUCAACAAUGGUCAUCAUCAUCUGAUGCCUGUGCUGAUGUGAAUGAAUGUUUGAUUGGCACACACAAAUGUAGUGUGUAUGGACAGUGUAAGAAUAGUCCUGGAAUUUACAAGUGUCUAUGUCACACUGGGUACAUUGGUGAUGGAUUCUCUUGUCAAGCUGUAGACUGUGAAACUCCGGUUACUCCAGCAAAUGGUGCUCUGCGCGGAACAGACUUCACGUUCAAGCACACUGUUGGGUUUUACUGUGAUGCCGGUUACAUACUGGAGGGAGCGGCAUUGGCUGUGUGCGAGUCUUCGGCCCGCUGGAGUGCCAUGUCUCCGCGGUGCAAUCCUGUACAGUGUUCCAGAUUAUCUACACCACUGCACUCGCUGUUGAACAGUAGCAACGCAAUGUACACAACCGUUGUGCGGACUACAUGUGAGAUUGGAUAUCGUCCUGCAGGCGAUGUGUCCCAAGUGCAAUGCCAAGCCAAUGGGCUUUGGAGCGGACGUCUUAGCGACUGCCAGAUUGUUGAAUGUCCUGCACUCAUUGCACCAUCCUACGUAUCAGUGGUCGAGACGAAGCCAACAUACCGAGGUAGAAUGGUGUGGGUGUGUAGGUCUGGGUUUACCCAGGUCAGCGGCAACUCGACCAGACAGUGCACAGCCAGUGGAACGUGGACUGGUGAUGCGCUGGUGUGCAAAGAUGUGGAUGAAUGCACGCACCGUGACUUGCACAACUGCAGCACGUUUGCGUCAUGUCGCAAUGUGCUGGGAGCUCAUGCCUGCACCUGCCUGCCAGGCUAUAAAGGAGAUGGGACGGUAUGCCAAGCGGUGUCAUGCAGAUCACCCUCGAUCCCGCCCUACGGCGCCAUGCUGGGGAGAAACUUCACAUUCUCGAAAGUCAUUCGCUACUCGUGUGCAAAGGGUUACGUGCUGGUGGGUUCCACUCUUCUUGCAUGUCAAGCUGAUGGUAAAUGGAAUGGAACAUCGCCAGUGUGUCAGCCUGUAUCCUGUCCUGAUCUACUGCCACCAGCCUGGGCAAAGCUCAGCAGUGUCAACUUCACGUUUGGCAGCAUUGUGCCCAUUGAAUGCCACAGUGGGUUUAGUCUGAGAGGGGACUCAGUGCUACAUUGCAACUGGUCGGGAUCAUGGAACAGCUCACUACCUACCUGUGUGCCUGUGAGCUGCCCAGAAAUCACAAUACCAUCAAAUAGCAAGCUUCUGUAUGCCAAUACUACCUUCAGUGGCAAGGCUGUUUUCGGCUGUGAGCCGGGGUUUUCCAGUGCGCUGCGCCUGCAACAGAUCUGCACGGCCAAUGCUACCUGGUCUACACUGCAGGGACAUUGCAAAGAUAUAGAUGAAUGUCAGAUGUCUGCACACAGUUGCAGUGGUAAUGCUCGGUGCUUGAACAGUGUUGGCAGUUACUCGUGUCUCUGUAAGACUGGCUAUACUGGCUCUGGAUUUCACUGCCAAGAUGUAACAUGUCCAAGGCCAUCUACACCCCUACACGGCGUUCAGUAUGCCCAGUCGUACAAGUACUCCAGUAAUGUGCAGUUCUCCUGUGAUAGUGGUUACAACCCUGUUGGGCAUACUGUGAUCACGUGUCAAUCAAACGGAACGUGGAGUUCAGCCUCGCCUCAGUGCAAACCGGUUGAAUGCCCCAAGCUUGUCCAACCGGAAAAUUCCAGUUUGAAUACAACCCAUCGUGUAUUUGGUACCGUGGCUGGGUUGUUCUGUGAUCUGGGCUACAAGCAUAGCCGUCAACAAGAUCUCAACACGGAAUGCUUGGCCACCGGUGUGUGGAGUCAAUCACUACCCACCUGUGAGAUGGUACAAUGCCCGCAACUCGCUGCACCGCACUACGUCCGUGUAGCCGAGGAGGGCAAGGUGUUCGGUAGCCAGCUGACCUGGACGUGCCGGGACGGAUUUGCCAAAGCCAGCGGUGACGAGGUCAGACAAUGUGGAUUGGAUGGCGAAUGGAGUAGAAGCCCACUGGUGUGCAAAGAUGUCAAUGAAUGCAUGGUUGGUGCUCACCAGUGCAGUGCGUAUGCACAGUGUAGUAACACGAACGGCACAUACGCCUGUGCAUGUUGGCAUGGUUACGCUGGCAAUGGUACAGUCUGCACAGCGAUCUCAUGUUCAAACCCUGGCGACCUCGCGUAUGGCACGAGGAGUGGCUCUAACAUCACUUACUUGAAGUCAGUAAUGUACCAAUGUGCUCGAGGCUACCAGCUUGUGGGGCAUGCACGUUUGUCAUGCCAAGCGGACGGAAAGUGGAAUGGAUCCCUGCCAAUGUGCAAGCCAGUGGUAUGCCCUGAACUAGUUACACCGGCCUGGUCGAAGCGCAACAGCUCUAACUUCACGUUCGCCAGUGUGGUGCGGUUUCAGUGUGCACGUGGAUUUGACGUAAGUGGAUCGUCCUUGCUGGAGUGCAUGUGGAACAGGCAGUGGACGUAUCCAAUGCCUCAGUGCACACCGGUGACGUGUGGUGACCUGAAGAUCCCUACUAAUGCACAGCUCGUCAGCAUUAACUCAUCAUUUGCAGGAGUGGCAGUGUUGACAUGUCGUGAUGGAUACCUGCUAGACAAAACGCUUACCCGGUGGCGGGUAUUAUGCCAGGCUAGUGGGCAAUGGAGCAACAUAACUGCACGGUGUGAAGGAAUCAGUUGCGGUCAUCCUGGGCGUAGGCCGUACAUUCUUCAAACUGGCUAUACAUACAGCUACCCUCACACCGUGCAGUAUGGGUGCCCAGCUGGAUUUCACAUGACUGGCCCUGCUAGAAUCCACUGCAAAUCGAAUGGGUCCUGGGAUAGUCCACCUCCGGCGUGCACCCCGAUAAGCUGUGUGUUCCCUGCAACACCCGCUAAUGCCAGGCUCGUGGCGCUCAACAAGACAUUUGGUGGCAUUGUGACGUAUGCAUGCCGGGACGGGUACGUGCAGUCGAGUGGAUUGUCAUCAGCGGUGUGUGGAGCGCAUGGCAAGUGGGUGACCUCUAAAAGCAUUGUGUGCACAGGUAUCUCAUGUGGUCAUCCCGGUCUAGCUGCCUAUUCAUCUCUGAACAGCAGUGUAUUCCUGCAUCCACAUCAUAUCCGCUACACAUGCGACCAAGGUCAUUACCCUGUGGGUAGCAGCAUUCUUGUCUGUCAGGCCAAUGGCUCGUGGAGUUCCCGUGCGCCUGAAUGUAAGCCAAUCGAAUGUCCAGAUAUCAUUCCACCAGCUUGGAUGCAGAUCAGCAGCUCAAACUUCAGUUUUGGUAGCAUAGUGGAUUUCAGCUGUGCAAGAGGUUUCUUACUCAAAGGCCUAACAUCACUGGAGUGCUUUUGGUCAGGUAGUUGGAGCGGCGCUAUGCCUCAAUGUGUUCCGAUCAGAUGUGGGGACGUACCAGCUUUGCAGAAUACAGUUGUAAUUAGUGUCAAUGAGACAUUCAGUGGGCUGGCUGUGUUUGCGUGUGUCCCUGGCUAUGAGCUGGCUUUUCCCAGUCCCCGGCUAGUGUGUAGCGCCGAUGGAUAUUGGACGAAUUUCUCUGCAAACCCAUGCAAAAGAGUUAGUUGUGGACAGCCAAUUUUGCCUGACUAUGUGCAAAUAAAGCCAGGUGCUGGGUUUCUUUUCAACGAUACGGCCGAGUAUUUCUGCCCUAAUGGCUUUGAGCUCACUGGUAGUCCGGAGUCAGUAUGCCUGUCCAAUAAAUCAUGGAGCUCGCCCGCACCCACUUGUCGCCCAAGUCAGUGCAAGCCUCUGCUAUUAGUUUCUCCCAUGCUGUUUGCCAACAUCAACACGUCAUUCAUGGGCACUGCCUACCUGACUUGUGAGCCUGGCUACUCCGUUAUCAAUGGUGAGCAACCUCUUGUAUGCUUGGCGAAUGGUUCAUGGUCAGUGUUGCCUGGAGUACAAUGUCAAGGCUGUGCUGCAACGUCAUAUGGCCUGAACUGCUCCAGGAAAUGUCGCUGUCAGAACAAUGCACACUGCAAUCCGGUGAAUGGGCACUGCGACUGCUCAACCGUGUCCGGAUUUGUUGGGACAUUCUGCGAAAUCAGUUGUCCAGUUGGGAGUCAUGGUAAAAGUUGCAAGUCACAGUGCAGUUGCUACAAUGGAGCUACGUGCAAUGCGUCCGACGGCUCAUGUACAUGUCUGGACGGCUAUCAAGACAGUGACUGUAGUCAAGGUAUUCCCUGUGGAAAGCCAGCUCAGCAUCCCUACCUUCACACUCACGGAGAGCAGCAUUCCUACCCGGCAAACGUGAACUUCUCCUGCGAUCCUGGAUUUAUUCUCGCUGGCGAAAACACAUCGCAAUGCUUGGCCAAUGGGUCCUGGAGUAGACCUUCACCGUCAUGCGUGGCUGUGCGUUGUCCCGUGCUGGAAGUACCGGAGCAUGCAACACUGUCCAGUGAUAACCGCACUUUCACCAGCACGGUCUCAGUACAGUGUCUGUCAGGGUAUGAACUGGACACCAGCUGGAAUGUCAGCUGUAUGUCCAAUGCAGCAUGGAGCAAUCCACACCUGCCUCACUGUACACCAGUCCAGUGCAAUGCUAUUCAAGCUGCUGACCAUUCAGAGAUCGUACAGGCCAACUACACGUAUCAGGGGAUGCUGAUGGUGCAAUGCGUGCCUGGAUAUUACCACAAGGCUGGCAGUACGGCUAGGACGUGCCUGGCUAAUCGGACAUGGUCGGGACAGAUUGUGCAGUGCGAGCCCAUCUCCUGUGGUCAUCCCGGAUCACCCCCAUACUUGAUUCGCCUCGGUGAAGUGUACACAUAUGGACAAUGGCUGAAUUACUCUUGUCCAAUAGGAUUUAUUCUAGGCGGUCGCUCUUCGAUACGCUGUGAAGCCUCGGGCCGGUGGAGUGCACCCAUCCCGCGCUGCAAUCCUCGCAUCUGUGCUGUUCCGCCAUCACUCAGCCACGCCGUGAGGGUGUCACUGAAUCUGACAUUCAACGGAACCGUGUCAUAUCGCUGCAUGCCAGGAUAUCAAGCAAGGCACAGGGAAGCUUCCAUCAUGUGCUUAUCAAACGCUACAUGGAGUGUUUUGGACAACUGGACGUGUAGCCGUAUUUCUUGUGGUGAUCCAGGACUCACCGCCAACUCAAACCGAACUGCCUCUGGAUUUGCUUUCCAGUCCACGGUGAACUACUCAUGCCAUCCUGGUUAUGAUCUGCAUGGUUAUGCGUCUCUGCUGUGCUUGUCAUCCGGCCGAUGGAGCAAGCUUCCACCCACCUGCAAGCCGGUAGAGUGUCCCUUCCUGUUGGCGCCACCGUACGCUACACUUCAUGGCUCCAAUUUCACAUUCAAGAGCUUGGUGCGUGUAAAGUGUGCUGCGGGAUUCACUCUUGUUGGACUGUCUCAGUUGCGGUGUGAGGCUACUGCUUCCUGGAGUCGUGAGCUACCCAGGUGUUUGCCAAACAAAUGUCCAAUCCUGUCUGCAGCACACAACAUGGUAAUCUUGAAGCAGAAUAACUCAUACUUGGGUCACUGGAAAGGACAAUGUGUUCAGGGCUAUACAUUGCUCGGUGGUGAUGAGAUUCGUGAAUGCUUGCCGAACGGAUCCUGGUCUGGUGCAGAGAUGGUAUGCACAGCUGUGUCCUGCGGCAGACCUGGUGAAGUGGUGUAUGGUGCUAGUGUGGGUACAAAUUGGACAUAUCCGAACUCUAUUAGCUUCUCGUGUCAGCAAGGAUUCAUUCUACAGGGCAAAUCCAUCAGCACCUGCCAGUCUAGUGGAAUGUGGAGCUCUAAACCACCCGCUUGCAUUCCUGUCAACUGCACCUCACUAAGCAAGCCAGCCUACGGUUUUCUCCUGGGUUCAAAUCAUUCACUCAAUGCCAGCAUUGUGUUCUCCUGUCAGUCUGGCUAUAUACUCAGUGGUCCGAGUGUGUUACGCUGCCUGUGGACUCAGCAAUGGAACGACAGUACACCGUCGUGCAGUCCUGUGCAAUGCCCAGUUAUUCAAGGCCCGCCGUUCGCCACGCUGCUGUCAAUGAACAAAACCUUCAAGGGACUUGCUCGGUUCGCCUGUGUGAGGGGUUUUGUGCACACCAAUGGCAGCUCGGAACGUCAAUGUCAAGCCGACAAAACUUGGGAUCGUGCCAGUAUGCAAUGCUCAGCCAAGGUAUGUCCAGUACCCACUGCCGGCCACUAUCUCAUUCAGCAUGGUGUCAACUACUCCUACAAUGCUACCGUAUCCUACACCUGUCCGACUGGAUUCAAUUUGCUGGGCAAUGCGAGCCAGCGAUGUCUUGACACUGCGGAAUGGAGCUCACAGAUGCCGGUGUGCACACAGAAGAUGUGCACUGUGCCCAGUCUGCCUGCACAUAUGCAUAUUGUCACACUGAACACUACAUUCAAUGGAACCGCCAUGCUUGCCUGUGACAGUGGAUAUCAUACAACCAAUAGUGGCUCUACUCUGCUGCUGCUGCUGCACUGCACGGAGAACACCACCUGGACUGGCCUUGGAACUGGUAUCAGUUGCCUCGAAUGUGGCGAUGGCUGGUUUGGCCAGGGCUGCCAGCAUCCAUGUCAGUGCAAGAACGGUGCGCAGUGUGAUCACGUACAUGGGCACUGCAACUGCAGCUCGGUGACAGGCUUCUCGGGCACGUUUUGUGAAUCCGAGUGCUCAACUGGUUUCCACGGUCAUGGCUGCCAAGUGUCUUGCUCCUGCAAGAACAAUGCUGCGUGUCACCCGGCAGAUGGCUUCUGCGAAUGUUCGCUGGGAUUUCAGGGAACAGACUGUUCACUGGAUAUCGAUGAGUGUAACGAAGUGGUCGGUGUGUGCCACACACAUGCAACCUGUAGAAACAGCAUUGGUUCCUACGCGUGUACUUGCCAAGCUGGAUACAAUGGGAAUGGAACAGCAUGUCGAGCUUUGGACUGUGGCAAUCCCGGAAGCAUUCACUACGGCAUAACCACUGGCAGCCACUUCAGUUAUCCACACAACGUUACCUAUACGUGUGUGAAUGGCUUCUUACCGUCAGCACCGAUCACACUGCACUGUAGCAAUGCUGGUGUUUGGAGUGCGCAGCCACCAGUGUGCAGGCCAGUGACAUGCCGUGAGCUGACAGCACCACACUGGGGAGCAAUGAACACCAGUAACCGUACACUCUCAGCAUCUGUGGAGUUUAGCUGCGCGGCCGGCUUCCUACUGGACGGCGUACGCACGCUGACAUGCCAACCUUCAGCUCAAUGGAGCGGCACUGAGCCGCGCUGUCAGCCCAUAGACUGUGGUGCACUGGCGGAUGUACAACACUCCACUGUACUACAUGUCAAUACAACGUAUACAGGAUACUGGCGUGCUGCAUGUGAUCCCGGUUAUCGGCUUGUGUCCGGCAACAGCCGAAGGACGUGCAUAUCCGAUGGCUCUUGGUCUGGGUCUGCACCCAUUUGUGAAGCUGUUGACUGUGGUCACCCUGGGACGCCAGUACAUGCAACAUCGAGCGGCUCAGUGUACACUUACAGGCACAAUGUCACCUUUAGCUGUGCACAGGGCUUCGUUCUUGUGGGCAAAGCUAGCAUCACCUGUACAUACAAUGGAACAUGGGAUUCACCACUGCCACACUGUGCACCAGUGAACUGCACUGCCCUUCAGGCGCCCACGUACGGUAUGAUCAGCCAUACAAACUGGACAUAUACCAGCACAGUAUUGCUCUCCUGCCUCCCUGGGUUUCACCUGCAUGGCACCACUCCUGUCACAUGCCUUGCUAAUGGUCACUGGAAUGGUAGUGUAGCAAGCUGCAUUCCACUAAACUGCUCCCUGCCAGUGGCACCGCAGCAUGGGUACAUUGUGAAAGCGAACACAUCGUUCCAAGGCUCUGUGUACUACGCCUGUACGAGCGGGUAUGUUGGUGUUGCCGGUAGUGCAAUACAGAUGUGCACAGUCAGUGGAUCAUGGGACAGCAUGCCUCUCGAGUGCGAUGGAAUCCACUGUGGAGAUCCAGGACUUGGCCCAUAUCUCCUGCGCUCGGUGACAUCAUUCAAGUACCCAGGCACAGUGGCCUUCUCGUGUCCAGUCGGUUUCAACCUGCACGGGGUGUCGGUGGCGAGAUGCUCAGCCAGUGGAACCUGGAAUGCAGCACUGCCGCACUGUACACCGCUGAAGUGCCCUGUACCUACGAUCAGUGAACAUGCUCAUAUUGUCUCUGUCAAUGCUACGUUCAAUGGGUCCCUGCAGCUUGCUUGUGAUCCUGGCUAUGUACUGAAUGAGCAACAGAGAGGACGCUUCCGAUGCGAUUCAAGUGCCGCGUGGUUACCAGAUGUUUCCAAGUUUAACUGUGAUGAGUGUCCAUCUGGUUGGUUUGGCACCGACUGUGCACAGCCAUGUCAGUGUCAGAACGGUGCACCUUGUGAUCACAUUACUGGCCAUUGCCAGUGUGAGUACGUGGCUGGCUACAUGGGGGCAUUCUGUCAGCACGAUUGUGCCCAGGGCCAACAUGGCUAUGGCUGCAACUCCAGCUGCCUUUGCCAGAAUAAUGCAGAGUGUAACCCCAAGGAUGGCUCUUGCAACUGUACAGCGGGAUUUGAAGGAAGUGACUGCAGUAUUGAUACUGAUGAAUGUAUGGGAUUGCUGCAUAUGUGUAGCCAGCAUGCACUCUGCAAGAAUACGUACGGAUCUUUCCAAUGUACCUGUUUAAUUGGCUACAUUGGUGAUGGCCAUAGCUGUGCAGGGGUCGACUGCGGAGAUCCAGGCACCGUGCCUCAUGCAAGUGUCACUGGUAUCAACUUCUCCUAUCCAUCCGCAGUGCUGUACACCUGCAAUACUGGGUAUCUUCCACGCGAUGAAGUGGUUCUGACCUGUUUAUCGUCUGGUCACUGGGACACUUCACAACCGGUGUGUAUGCCUAUCCAGUGUCAAGAAAUCACUGCACCGGUAUGGAGUGAUCACACGGGAUCACUGCCUAGAGCCUAUGGAAGUACGGUUGUGUUAUCGUGUCAAGCUGGCUUUAACCUGGUGGGCGUUUCUAGCCUGACAUGCCAGGCCGAUGGUGUGUGGAGUGCCCGGGUGCCUUACUGCACUGCUGUCACCUGCCCGCUUCUCACCACUCCGCCUGGAUCUGAGCAAGUCUCCGUGAACAGGACCUACACUGGGCAUGCUGUGUACAGAUGUCUGCACGGCUAUGAGAAGGUGAAUGGCUCGGCAAGGAGAGUGUGCAAGCACGAUGGUCAGUGGAGUGGUUCCGAUCUUCUGUGUCAGGAGGUGUCCUGCGGAGAUCCAGGCACUGUGCCAAAUGCAAUCAUGGCUGGUCAAACGUUUUCCUAUGGCGAUAUCAUAAGCUACAGCUGCACUCCUGGCUACUAUCUCUUUGGAGCAUCACAGAUGUCAUGCCAACUGAAUGCGCAAUGGUCGGACAGCGCUCCGCAAUGCUUGCCUAUAUCCUGUGCUAGCAUAUCUGCUCCGGUGCAUGGCUGGAUGUCCAGUGCGGCGCAGGUACUAGGCACGAGUGUUCAGUUCAGCUGCGAUGCCGGCUACGUGUUGAACGGAUCUACAUCAGUGCAAUGCUUGACUACAGGGCAGUGGAGUGACAGAGCACCGCGAUGUGACCCGUUGAAGUGCCAGGCCCCGUCUACACCUGCACAUGCCACAGUCCUGACAGCGGACACGUCGUUCGAAGGGCAUGUACGCUACACAUGCCAGAAUGGUUAUGAGCAUACUGCUGGUGAUCUGUACAGACAAUGCAAUGCAAGUGCACUAUGGACUGGUAGUCAACCAACCUGUACAGCAAAGAAAUGUUUGACAUUGAAGCUACCACCUUACGUGAAUACAGACACAUCGGUGAAUUCAGCUUUGCCAUAUCCGACCGUAGUCCACUUCGCAUGUCCACUAGGUUUCACACUGUCCGGUAGCAACACCGCGACGUGUACAGAUGCAGGAGUGUGGAGUGCACAGCCACCAGUGUGCGAUGUUCUCCUGUGCACCAUGCCGACAAUGGACUCCACCUUACUGGUGACUAGCGUGAACUUGUCAUUCAAUGGCACACUGCACAUGACGUGUAGAAACGGAUACGUGCCCGUUGCUGCUGCUGCUGCCACCGUGCAUGCUGCCAUUCUAACAUGCAGCGCCGAUAACACCUGGUUACCCACGGAACGACUACGCUGCGAAGAUGCUGAUGAAUGUGUGCUGCAUACACAUGACUGUGAUUGGCAUGGCAAGUGCCAGAACACCAUUGCAUCGUACUUGUGUAGCUGCAACCAAGGCUACCAGGGGAAUGGAACCCACUGCCAAGCUAUCAGCUGUGGCGAUCCAGGAAACCCGUGGCAUGCUAGUCGAUUCGGCUCAUCCUUCACCUACGAGUCCUCCGUCAGUUUCUCGUGCUCGCUCGGCUUUAUCCUGGUUGGCGUGAGGGAGCUGGUAUGCCUUGCUAACGGCCAUUGGAGUGCGACAUCUCCGCGAUGUCAGCCAGUUCAGUGCCCGGUGUUGAAGCUGCGUGACUACUCCACCAUGAACAGCACUAACACAUCAUACACCACCACCGUCAAGGUGUCCUGUAUGAUUGGCUUCAAUAUGCUGGGCACCGGGCUGCUCACAUGUCGCUCGGACGCCCAGUGGAGCAGCACACUGCCACAGUGCAUCCCGGUGCAGUGUUCCAUGCUGGUGGCACCAGGCAAUUCCUACUUCAUCUCCAUGAACACAUCAUUCCUAGGUAUCACCAUACAGGCAUGCCUGCAGCACUACAAGCACACCAGCGGCAGUGUGUCACGUUUGUGUAGAUCCACUGGCCAGUGGAGUGGCACACCAAUCGAGUGUGAAGCCAAUCCCGAAUGGUCUCCAUGGAGCCUGUGGUCAGCAUGCAGUCGCACAUGCGGCCUGGGCGUUCGCUUUCGGCAUCGUACUUGUGUAACACCGGAUGUCAGCCUGCACAGCUGUCCAGGCAGCAGCUCCGAAACUCAAGACUGUCACUCUGGGCCUUGUACCGUAUUCCCUUGUCCAAGUCAGCAUGACUCAUCCUGGAAUGUGACAUGGCCGGUAACACCACAACACCAGCGUGCCACUGUCUACUGUCCAGACGGCUAUACAGGAACUGCCUUUCGUUAUUGCAACGUGAGUAAUGCAGACAAGUACCACAGCUCAUGGGAUCCACCAUCCUACUCAAACUGUUCGUCCAAUGCGUUUGUGGAGCUAUCCACUGAGGUCAUGCAAGCUGUUACUGUGACUAACGAGCUGAGCAAGCAAACUGGAGAGCUGGCACACCAGCUGACCGCCAGUAUCAUGUCACAAGCCACAGAGCAGGUUGCAAUGCUCACAGACACAAAGAGUACACCCACACAAGCUCCAGUGGUCAAUGAUUCUACUGCCGCUCCCAGCUCGGCACCCUUGGAAUCAAAAUCUCUGGUAUCGGCUGACCUUAAGACUGCACUGACACUGCUGAAGGAUAUCAUUGGAACUGUGGACAGUCUGCCGGAAGAUCACAAGGAAGUCGUUGUGUCCUCGGAUAAGUUUACAACUAGUUUUCUGGAGGCUACCAGUAACCUGCUUGAUGGGGCGAAUGAAGGUGGCUGGAGUGACUUGGAAGAAACCCAGGAAAUACCGCCUGACGAGGGAUUCAUCACAGUGUCACCUGUGACAGAUGUAUCAACUAAAACUGAAGGUCCGGCUCAGCCUGCAGCAUCCCAGUCUGAGAGUUCCAGUGCUAGCAUAGUGAACACGGUGGAUGCAUUUGUCAAGCAAACAGCACAGGUCUUUGAGACCGAGUCCAGUAACAAGUCAAGAACUGUCCAGGCACCCAAUAUUGUGCUGAAAAGCGAGCCCAUAGUAUUGCCUGAUGCCUUGCACCUUUUCGAGGAGUUCAGUGACUUCACGUUCGACAUAGAGGAUAGCAGUGUGCUCACACCGUCAGAUGAUGCCCCAACUGCAGCAGUAACUACCUUAGCAAAUCCAACAGCAACAAACACUGACAGUACCACGGACAACAGCAGCAGCUCCGCCACAGGAAGUACAGUACCGGCGCCGACGCGCUUGCCCAUUCAGCCUGCCCCCACUGCUCCUCCAAAGAAGCAGACAGCUUUUGCUGGCCAUGGCCUGAAAAUCCCUGCAUCACUCAUCAGGUCAAUUGUCUUACGCCACCGCUCUACAGGUGGUACUAAUAGGCUAAAGCGAUCAGCUGAGUGCAACUUGAGAAAGCUUCAGCUGUCAUUUGCCGUGUUCGAUGGAUCAAAUUUGCUACGACGAAUGGAAAGUGACCAAGAGACUGGCGCAAAGUCUCACUUCAGGCUGAUGUCGAUUUCCUUGAACCUGUGUGGAGAGCAAGUCACAUCACUAGAAGAGCCUGUCCAGCUGAAAUUCUCUAGGGCAGAGGUGAAUGCCAGUGCUGAUAUGAACACAGAGGAGUGUUGCAAGUAUUGGAAUGCAUCAACUUGGUCUACAAAUGGUGUCAAUAUGGAUGUUAGGUCAUCAAAUGUCAAUUCCUCGUACUGCAAUACAAAUCACCUAACCACCUUCUCAAUAUUUGCAUCGCCAACGGGACUUCAGUUCUUGAGUGCGAAGGAUUUGGUGGUUCUAUCAGCAAUCAGUAGAUACCUGGGAUGGGUGUCAUUUUCCUGUCUUGCUAUGACUGUUAUCGUCGUUCUCAAGUUCAAUACUUUCCUGAGCAACAAACGCAUUGCCAUCAACACCAACCUCUGCUUCAGUCUGGCCAUGGCUCAGCUGGUAUUCCUCGUUGGCAUCGAGAACGAGGCAAAAUAUUCAGUUCCUCUUCAGUGCCGAUUGAUUGCUGCCUUGCUGCAGUACUCACUGCUGACUACGUUCAUGUGGAUGCUAGCAGAGGCUGUUCACUUUCACUGUAUCAUUGUCACUGUCUACUUCACACCCAUCGAUCAAACCAAGGUCUAUGCAGCCAUUUGCUACGGAGUACCUCUGGUGAUCGUCGGCAUCACGGCUGGUUGGAGAUGGAAGCAGUUUGGAACCACCACAGCCUGCUGGCUGUCAACCGAGUAUGGCACCAACUUCGCAUUCAUCGUGCCUUGUGCCACCAUUAUUGUGGUGAACGUUGUCCUACUCAGCAGAGUUUGGCUUGCCUUGAAGGAGAGCGCCAACUUCUCUCGCAGACAUUCUCGUACAGGACGAGUAAUCCAAGAUCUAGAGUUCAGCUCACGUGUACGUCGCAUGCUUUGCUACGUACCAUUCAUCGGUGUCACGUGGAUAGCUGGGUUCUUUGCGGUAGACAGCAAAUCCAGUGCACUGCACUAUGUCUUCACUGUGCUCAAUUUAUCACAGGGAGUAUUUCUAUUCUUUCUCAACAUCGUCACACCGGAUUCUAUUCGACGUCGAAUCCGCCGCUCUGUGAGCAAAAAGUCUAUAAGUGGCCGUCGCUCAGGUAGCCUCCGCCGUGCCAGCCAGAGCUCCUUCAGUCUGGACAGUAGCAGCAGUGGAAUGCCCAUGGCCAGACCUCCACUACAACAGCCCGACUUAGACCUGAUCGGUGAUGAAGGAGUGGAUUCAACAGUACGUGAAAGGAGAGGGACUAAUGUGUCAUAUUGCGAUCUUGAAGGGAACCCAACGUCAGUGUCGUUUGCCGACUCUAGCAGAGUUGUAGUGGUCUCAAGUGGUGGCCCAUCGGAACGUUCAACACCACCCGAAAGCUCGGCUCCAUGCUCUGAUGAUGAUGACGAUGAUCUCCUUGAGAAUGCAGGACCCAUCCCACAUGUGCCAUCAAGCUUGCAUCAGAUAGUGAAGCGGAUCAGCAUGGCUAGUCUGCAUGUAUUGCAUGAUCGCAUCCAGGGCACCUUUAGUAGCACACGCUUGCAUCGCAGCUACUCUAGGGCGUCCACCAGAGAUCCUGAUGAGGAUUUUGCAGGAAAACCCAGACCACCAGGGAAGGUCACUGGAAAAUCACCGCAGCUCUCUGAACCCAGAGGCAAGAGCACGAACUGGACCAAAGCAGGCUCUAGUAAUGAUGAUGGUAGUGACACUAUUGGAGCUAUCAGUGCUGGGCGCCAGCGUCACUUGACAUCGCCCGCAGGACUGCCCACCACAUCAUCACCCAUCCAGCAGCAACGACCAGCUACAUCGCAGCACCAACGUGCAUCACCGCUAGCCAUGCUGGCUCGAUGCUUGACACCGGACGCGAAUGAAGGUACGGCAGAAGAAGAGGGAGAAAGUUUGGUACAUGGAGAGUUUAUUAGGGUCACUGCUGCCGACCAUGAUUGCGAUCCACCGCCAUACCACACGGUUGCGGCACUCACAGUACCCACAGCUUGUAGUCACACUAGUAUCCCUGGUCAUGGUCCCGUCACCACGGCUACGACAAGUGGUAUUCCUGGUCAUGCUGCUGUCACCACGGCUACGCACAGUGGUGUUCCUGGUCGUGGUGUCGUAAACACGACGGCGCACAGUGCACUGUCAAUGAACGAUCUCAACUACUCAUAUGCCUCGUUGAUCAGCCCGGUUUCGUUUGUUUCCGGGCAUAACGGUGGUGACACCGGGUCUGACAAUCAGCUGGCCAGCCAGUAAAUCCAUUAAUCUAAAUUGUGUCAGAAAUGCUAUCCAGGUCUGCGGGAACAGCUUCAUAAUAAUAUGGACAAGAAUACGUGUUAUUAUUUUCUGCAGGCAUAAAGAUGCCAGAUGCGAGGUGUUAGUGAUCCGUUUUCCGGGCAUAUACAUGUACGUGCCUUGCACUCUCGUUAGGCUGUUUGUGAUGCUGUCCCGAAAACACAGCUUAUAAGUUAUGAUAAUUAUGAGAUGUUUCAAAUCUUUAUUCUCCCGUUAUUUUUAUUCUGCUGAUUAUCGGAGCGUUAAUUUCUUACCAAGUCUGACAAAAUUAUAUUCACGAUUGCUGUUCUUUCUUGAUGUUAUUUUUGCUGCCAGGGUCGGUUAUUUUCCAACAAAGGACAAUUUGUGGAUCCUGUUGAUUUCUUGAAGUUACUCUGUAGAAUGGGGGUCCCGUUUAUCAACAAUAAACUAUGUUUUGUCCUGUACUGCACUACGGCCACCAGGGACAGGGACACCCAUUCACCACUUCUCUUCUCAUUUUUCAACCUGUAACGUUAUAAUAUUAUAAUUUAUUUCUCCUCAGCAGGUCAUUUGUCAUCAACCACCGAUUGAUGAAAAAUCUGUACAGGCCCAGAAGCUGCCGCUUACUACCGCUUUAUUUUUAUCAGGUCAUUUUCCAGAAAGUAAAGGUGGCAACCACAGCAAUGGUGAAAGAUACGUUAGUGCGUGAAUUGGCACGUCUGUAGUGACCCAAACAUUGGCAGUUAUAAGGACAAAGUGCAAUAGUGGCACAUUUC